AUGGAGGCAAAGGUGAAGGAAGAAAUACCUGACAAAGAAUACACUCAGCUCACCAUAGAUAAGAGGAAACCUGUAGCGGGUAAGGAGAGGAAGUCCCCGGAGCAGGAGGAGUCCAGGUCCUCGCCGACACCUGCACCUGGACCUGGACCUGGACCUGUACCUGGACCACACAGCCCACAGAAUAAUGGAACACCUGGGUGGUACUUUCCCGGCCUGUCUUCCUCGGAGUCCUCGCCCCCUCCAGACGCGAGGGUCGCUCCAGCGCUGCAGCGCUUGCGUCGCUUCCUGUCAGCGCUGCACACGUUCGCUGCUGACGUCAGCUGUGACGUCGGCGAGAGGGUGCGACAACUGAUAUUCAACCUCGUGGCGGGUGUCAUCAGUAUAGAGGAGUUCCAGAGCGGCGUGCAGGAGGCCACCAACUAUCCUUUAAGAGCCUCCGUGCCCGCCUUCUUGAGGGCGCUGCUGCCGCUGGCUCUGAGGGACCUGCAUGCGCGGGCCAGGAGGAAUAAACAGACACCGCUACAGUACAUCAGGUCGCAUGAACACACGGUGUUAGAGGCUGGUGGAGACGCCGCGGACAUCUUCGCUCAUGAAGCUGGCAAGAGACGGGCCAGCGACCCUUUCUACGAGUCCCACAGUAACGGUUCUCAUGACGACUACCCUCCAGCCAAGCGGCCCGUGUUCAAUCCGUCCCCGUUCUACCCGCUGCCGUCUAACGCGAGCCUCUUCGACUACCAGCCUUACCACUGUCCCACACAGGAGGCGGGAUUCGAGAGGAGAGACGGUGGUAUCACGGUUCGUGAUGUAUCCACAAUGAAUGCGUCCCUGGAGCCUCGCCCGGGCCUGGCGAAGACUGAUGAUGAGUGGAAGAACAUCAACACCAUGCUGAACUGUAUCCUCAGUAUGGUGGAGAAGACUAAACGAGCGCUGGCCAUACUACAGCAGAGAGGAGUUGAACCUCCGGAGAGUUCAGAUAUAAAGCGCGCGGCGAGUGAGAUCAUGUGUGCGGCCGUGAGGCAGACCGAGGAGAGGGUGGCGGAGGUCAGGAGGAGGGCCGAGGACGCUGUGAACCAGGUGAAGCGCCAGGCCCUGGUGGAGCUCCAGCGUGCUGUGGGCGCCGCAGAGACCAAAGCCCUGGAAUUGGAGAGGGCCCGACACUCACCGCCACCUGGACGGGACCUCAGCCCUGGGGCCGCGCAUAGUUGUUGUUGGAACUGUGGGCGCGCGGCGCAGGAGACGUGCUCGGGCUGCGGGGCCGCGAGGUACUGCGGGGCCUUCUGUCAGCACAGGGACUGGGAGAACCACCACCAGGUGUGCAGCGGUCGGGACACGAAGCCCUCAUCGAUGGUCCGUUCCUCCCCUCCCUCCACACAGCCCAUCCUCCCCAAACCCCUGACUCGCUCCUCGACCCCCAUCGUGACCCCCAUCGUAACCCCAGCAGCGACCCCCAACCCCACAGCCGACAGACCCGCGGCCGCAAAGAAAUGA